AUGGCAGUCCAUGAUGUUGCACCGGACUACAUUACCUUUGAGAGCAGAGUGGCAUCUUACCGUUAUGCACAACCUGUUACCGGCCGUAGGACAUCAACCGCUGGAUCAAGAGUUCCAAAAACUCUCAAAUGGCCACACAAGUUCUUGUUGCCAGAACAGCUUGCAAAAGCAGGUUUUUUUUAUUACCCUUCUCAAGACAAUCCAGACAAUUGCGCUUGCUUUCUCUGCCAUAGAUCCAUUGACGCCUGGGAGGAGGGUGAUGAUCCAUUGGUAGAACAUUUGAAACAUUCUCCAAAUUGUGGAUGGGCAACUGUUGCUGCCAUUGAAGCCCAAGAUGAGGAGUUGAGCAAGGAGUUUCCUGCCAGUUUAAGAAUGGUCGAGGCUAGAACUGCAACAUUUGCAGGAAGAUGGCCUCAUGAGGCAAAGAGGGGCUGGAAAUGUAAGACUAAACAGUUGGUCAACGCUGGCUGGAAAUAUACCCCAACUUCGGAUUCAAAUGAUAUGGCUACCUGCACUUAUUGUUCACUGGCGUUAGAUGGAUGGGAGCCAUCCGACAAGCCAUUAGAAGAACAUUAUAAUCGAUCGCCCGACUGUCCCUUUUUCACACUUAUUGACGAACAUAAUGCAGAACUUGCCUUGAAAAAAUCAACAACUGGCAAAAGAGGCAGACCAUCGAAAGCAUCCAGAUUAUCUACACAGUCAGCUAUUACUGUUGCCAGCGAUGCAACUGCUGAAGAAGGGGAUAGCAUUAUUUCUACAGCCACAACAAAAGGCAAAGCAUCUGGGUUGAGGGGCCGGAAGCCUCAAGCUAAGAAUACCGAAACAUCACGAUUAUCGCCACAAUCCGCUAUUACUGUUGCUAGCGAUGCUGCUGUUGAAGAAGGAGAUAGCAUUAUCUCAACAGCUACAACAAAAGCAAAGACAUCCGGACUUAGGGGUCGGAAGCCUAAGGCUAAGAAGGUUGAGCCAAUUGAAGUUUCUAAAGAGCUAUCAGUAUCAACCACGUCUAGUAGAAAGAGGAAGAGUGACGACGAGGCCUCACAGCCUGACCUCCCAAACCCAGAGCCUAAAAGACGCACCACAAGGGCUAGUACGGCACGUGUUGUUGCUCCCCAAGCAUCCGCUGCGCCACUACGAGCACCAAACUUCACAGACUUGCAGAACCAGGCAGUAGCUUCGGAUUUGCUCUGGAUGGAAGGAUCUCCUCCAUCAUCUCCCCCACCCUUGUCACCACCUCAAUCUCCAGCCGAAGAUAACCAAUUUUCGGACACAGAACCGCAGUCUUCUGAUGCGGAAAAUCAUCUUCCUGAGAGACCCAACACCCCUCCAAAUCAAAGUUUUAUGGCACCUAAAACUAGUAAGCGGUGGGAGGCCAUAGAUGCGGAGAUGUUUUUUGGUGAUGAAGAGCAUGAGCAUUUCGUGACGGCAAUGGCGAAGCUCAAAACGGGAGAUUUAAGCAAAGCAGAAAGUCAAAUGUCGGUGGAACAAUGGAUUUAUCACACGGCGGAGGUUGCUCAAGAAAAGCUCCGUGAAGAGUGUGAGCGAAUGGUAGCAGCAUUUGAAGCAGAAGGUCUCAAGGCGUUGGCUUGUUUGGAAGCAAUUGAGAUUGUUUGA